AUGGCGAAUCAUCUCAAAUUUUAUAUAUAUGACCUAGAGUUGACUGUGGUUAACAGCAACUCUCAGCUCCGGCGAUUGCUGAUUGCAACUGCAAAUCGUUCGAUUCUCGUUGUGGAAGAUAUCGAUUGUUCGAUCAAACUGAAAAACAGGACAAGUGAUGAUGAAGAAAGCGAAAACCCAAGGCACAAAAAAGUUACACUCUCUGGCCUGCUAUAUUUCAUAGAUGGUCUAUGGUCAAGCUGCGGUGACGAAAGGAUCAUUGUAUUCACAACCAAUUACAAAGAGAAACUCGACGCAGCCUUGUUGAGGCCAGGGCGUAUGGAUAUGCACAUUCACAUGUCGUAUUGCACACCGAGUGCUUUUAAGGUUCUUGCUUUGAACUAUCUAAAUAUCAAAGAGCAUGAGCUUUUCGGCGAGAUAGAGGAAGGUAUUAAGAAGACAGAAGUUAGUCCAGCAGAUGUGGCUGAACAGCUUAUGAGGAAUGGCACUGUUGAUUAUAUACUUCAGAGUUUGAUUGAGUUCUUAAGACUGAAGAGCGAACAAGAUAAAGCCAAACAGGAGAAGCAAGAAUUGGAGAAGGAGGAAGAAGAUUCGGAGGUCGAAAAGGAAUGUUGUAUACUAGAAUAUCUAUCUAUGUUAUUUCUCUGA